AGAGACAGAGAGAGAAAGAAGAAACACCUGCAGAGAGCCCGUGGACCUGGAUCAGGAUCCGGACUCUCAGUUUGGACAUUGAACGCCUCACACCAGUGUGUGUGUGUGUGUUUAUGUGUUGAUGAGUGUGUGUGUGUGUCCUGCAUCACUUUUGAUGGGACAGUGAAACAUGUGUGUGUCACAGUGUCGGUGGAUGGGCUGUAGGGGGCGGUGUUGCCCCGCCCCGUCCCUCCUCCUGCUCCCCCUCAUGCUCCUCCUCCUCCUCCCUCUGACCACACCGCCGUACGCUCAGGGAGUUCUGCACAUCCCCUCAGAGUACAAUGUGACCAACAUGUCUCAGCCUCCAGUUCUGACAGAGACACCGUCAUCGUUCACCGCUUUUUCUGCAGAGGACUUUUAUCUACUGUGUGAGGCGUCCGGUAAUCCCACACCCACAUUCCGUUGGGUGAAGGACGGCGAGGUCUUCGGUCCUCAACUCAAAAACACGGGGACGUUACGAGCUGAAGAGGACGAGCCGCUCGACUCGUAUGAUGGCUUCUAUCGCUGCUACGCCUCCAACACUCUGGGGACGGCCAUGACGCAAACUAUACAAGUUAUCGUGGAGCCUCAGCCUGUUCUUCUGAAGCAGCAGAGGGUUGUUAAACAUGGCUACGAGGGCGACAGCAUGGUCCUGACCUGUGACCCCCCACAGAGCUCCACCCCUCCAAACAUCCACUGGAUGGACAAGAGAAUGGUCCACAUCAGGCAGAAUGACAGAGUGAUGGUCGGCCUCGACGGCAACUUGUACUUUGCAAACCUGGUGAAGAGCGACAGCAGAGGCGAUUACAUCUGUAACGCUCAGUAUGCAGCAGCCAGAACCAUCCUCCCUGACACUGCUGUCUCUCUCACUGUGAUGUCCAGUAAUGAUGUCAUUCAUGGCAGGAAGCCACACCUCUUUCAUCCCACCAGCUCACACACCACAGUGAACGCCCUCAGAGGUCAAAGUGUCACACUGGAGUGUAUCCCCAAAGGCCUUCCCACUCCAAAGGUGGAGUGGAAGAAGAAGGACAGCAGCCUGGAGGAGACGAGUGGACAGCUGGAGAACUCUGACCGCUGGCUCAGCUUCGACAGCAUCACACAGAGCGACGACGGCGAGUACGAGUGUCGAGCGUUCAACAGCCACGGCUCCGUCGCUCACUCGUUCACCGUCACUGUGGAAGCGGCUCCUCACUGGGUGAAGGAGCCUCAGAACCUUCUGUAUUCUCAUGGUGAGACAGUGAGACUGGACUGUCAGGCUGAAGGAAUCCCCACCCCGACUAUCAGCUGGAGCAUCAACGGCCAACCAGUCACAGAGGUGGACGAGGACCCUCGGCGCAGCGUCUCCGGUGGCGUGUUGAUCCUCAAAGACGUGGUGUUUGCUGACACAGCAGUUUAUCAGUGCGAGGCGACGAACAAACACGGCUCUAUCCUCGUCAACUCCUUCGUCUACGUCAUCGAACUUCUUCCUCAGAUCUUGUCGUCUGAUGGAGUCGUUUACAGAGUCGUGGAGGGAAAAGACGUGUGGAUGAACUGUGACGCGUUUGGUUCUCCACGACCGCACGUCACAUGGGAAGGGGACACCUCUGUCCCUCUCCUCUCUGACCCUCGUGUCUCUCUGUUGACCAAUGGAACCAUGGAGUUGUCCGGUGUUGGACACGAGGACAGAGGGACAUACACGUGCUCUGUCAAAGACACAAACAUCUCCAUCAAUGCUCACCUGGAAGUUUACAACCGUACGAUGAUUGUGACUCCGCCUCAGGACCUGCACGUCCUCCGGGGGAACAGCGCCGUGCUCGACUGCCACUUCCUCAAAGACUCUCGGCUGCAUCGCCCCCAGGUGGUGUGGAGGAAGAACGGACAGAAGCUGCAGGAGUCCGGGCUGGAGCAUGCACACGGACACAGAUACACCUUCUCAACAAACGGAAGCUUAAAAAUCAAAGAUGUCCAAACAGACGACACAGCAUCUUAUUCCUGUGAGGUCAUCACUGACCUGGACAACGUGCAGGACAGAGGCUCCAUCACUGUCAUAGCACAACCAGACCCGCCCAAGGAUUUGUCUCUGAAUGAAGUUGAAGACCAAAGUCUGACACUGAGCUGGAUCCCAGGACAGUCUCACAACAGCCCCAUCACAGAGUACAUCGUGGAGGCGAGGGAGGAGCAGCACACAGACGAGAGCAAGUGGAAGUGGGAGGAGUGGAAGAAAGUACCUGGCGACUUCAACCACCUGCAGCUGACGCUCCGUCCCUUCUGCACCUAUCGUUUCCGUGUCGUUGCCGUCAACAAGAUCGGCCCCAGCGAGCCCAGUGCGAUGUCGGACACCUACAGCACAUCACCUGCUGCUCCCGACACAAACCCCACGAAUGUUCGCAGUGAGUCUACAGACCCGAAGAGUCUGAUCAUUACAUGGGAUGAAUUAGACAAACACUUCCACAACGGCCAGGACUUCCAGUACAGGGUGUCGUGGCGGGAGGCUGAGGGGGACAGCGUGCACUGGCACGAAAGCUACGUGAAGUCGCCGCCACUCACGGUGAAAAACACAGGGACGUUCACGCCGUUCGAGAUCAAGGUCCAGGCCGUUAACUCAAUCGGAGAAGGACCGAGACCAGAGCCUAAGUUUGGAUACUCGGGGGAAGACGAGCCUGAGGAGGCACCUUCUGGAGUGGAGACCACGGUGAUCAACAGCUCAGUGAGAGUGAAGUGGAACGAGGCCCAGAACGUCCGCGGGGAGCUGCUCGGGUACAAGAUCUUCGUCAGGUGGUUGGGUCCACAGGUGGGACGAGGUCGCAGGUCUCUUGGACACCAGCACCACGGCGAGGACAGAGAGGACAGCAAGGACAGGACAGAGGGGGGGACAGACAGAGACAGAGUGGUGGUGGUCCACGGCAGGAAGACGUCAGAGGAAGUGACGGGGCUGAAACUCUUCUCCCGCUACCAAGUCUCCGUGGCCGUCUUUAACAGCAAAGGGGCGGGGCCACGCUCGCCACCGCACCACUUCACUACGCCAGAGGGGGUUCCUGGACCUCCUGCGUCCCUGACCUCUGACAGUCCCACAGACAGAUCCCUGGUUCUGUUCUGGACUCCUCCAUUAGAGGCCAACGGGAUUCUGUUGGGAUACAUGGUUCAGUAUCAACAGGACGUGGACAGCAGGGCCAGUCAUCUGCAGAUGGAGUUCAUUAGUGACCCCAGUGUCACUCAUAUCCAGCUGGACGAGCUCGACCCGAGCAGCCAUUACUUCUUUAAAGUCAUCGCACGCACGGCCGCUGGAGACGGACCGCCCGCCGUGCUCAGGGGCGCCACCCUGUUGGACGGAGUUCCUCCAUCAAACGUCACCAUCGUUGAGGGAAAGACGUCACUGAACCUGACCUGGGUUCCUGGAGAGCGAGACCGGAACCACGGCUUCCACGUGCGAUAUCUGAGGAAGAGCGCCGGGGGUGAGUGGGAGGAGUCAGAGCUGGUGAAUUCCACACAGGGCUUCUUCAUGCUGCCCGGCCUCCAACCAGGGACUGAGUACCACCUGAUGAUUCUCCAUGGAAACGAGACUCAGUGGGAGGAGGUGGUCAGGACUGUGGGAUCUGGACCGUCUGUCAUGCCCGGUGGUUUUGCCGCACAAGGCUGGUUGAUCGGACUCAUCAGUGCCAUUGUGCUGCUGGUGCUGAUACUGCUCAUCCUGUGUCUGAUCAAACGCAGCAGGGGAGGAAAAUAUGCAGUCAAAGACAAAGAAGAUAAGGAAGUGGACUCUGAAGCUCGGCCCAUGAAAGACGAGACAUUUGGAGAGUACAGAUCUCUAGAGAGUGAUGGAGACGAGAAGCGCAGUGACAGUCAGCCGUCACUGUGCGGUGAGAGUAAGCUGGGCAGCGACGACUCUCUGGCUGAGUACGGAGACAGCGUGGACAUCCAGUUUAACGAGGAUGGGUCCUUCAUCGGCCAGUACAGUGGCCGCGGGCCCGUUCCCCACGGCAACGAGAGCUCCGGUCCCGCCUCCCCUGUCACAGCAACGGCCCCGCCUCCUCCCAUUGCUCCAUCCAUGUCAAGCGUCCUGAACAGGCCUAGCUAGAGAUACACACACACACACACACACAAAUCAUGAAGGGACACACCACUACUGACUCCACUGCCAUGUAACACACACACACACACACACAAACACAG